CGACCACCACUCCGUCGUCAGUCUACGGGACACACCGUUCGCAUUCGCGUCUCGUUUUGUGCGGUAGGUUUCUUGUUAUAUUAUUACACACUCGUCACGUUUUCGUGUCGCGUUUCGCGUGUGCCGAACACACCACGCAGUACGAAGGUCGUAUACCUCUAUUAUCGUCGUCGCGAACCGCGUUUCGGAUAAGUAUACACGGGAUUUCACUAGGUACUCGCGACCCGUGAUGUGAAUGACGGUCGCCGGUAAACGUCGUCUAAUCGCGUUACAGGGAAUGUGACAUAUUUAUUAAACCGUUGCGGGCGCACACACUAACAUACAAACGAAACAGUGGACACGACGCAUCGUUCGAUCACCGGUCUUGCGAAGAGUAAUAGGUAAUUGAUCGUCGAAGUGUAGUACGCAAGGUCCGUCGAUCGCCACCAUGAGUAUGAUGAUGAUGAUGAGACCAUCCGACUCGACACCCAUCUGCCGGUGUCGGGUCCUGUAUCUGGGUUCGGCCGUACCACAUAUUACUAAGGACGGUCUGCAGGGUAUACAGGAACCGCUCAAGGAGUUGUACCCGGAGCAGGGAGCCUUGGGCGCCCGCGGCAUUGACUCUUGGCUAAGCGUUUGGAGCAAUGGUUUGCUGCUGGAAAACGUAGACGAGAAUCACAAAAAGAUCACUCGGUUCUUCCCGAUUGAGUCACUGCAUUACUGUGCUGCGGUCCGAUUCGUCCUGGUGCCCGAAAAAUCAAACGGGUCAUCCCAGCCGCGAUUCUUGCCAUUGGACUCUCCGUUCGCCCGGUCCCCGAACCCAAACCAUCCACCACUGUUCGCAGCUAUACUACGCCGGACUUCCGGCAUCAAGGUGCUCGAGUGUCACACAUUUAUAUGCAAACGUGAGAUGGCCGCCAACGCGCUGGUUCGGUGUUGUUUCCACGCUUACGCUGAUUCGUCGUACGCCAAACAAUCGGAAAAUGGUGGCACAAAUGGCACCGUUAAUGGUGCUGGCGGUAACAGCAUAUACGGCACUGUGCGAACUAAUAGGUCAGUUGGCAACAACACAAUUGAAAAGGUAGAAGGCUGGCGGCGUAUGACCAACGGUGGAGCGGCGGCUGGAAGCACGCUGACGCUCAACAGUGCACACUCGAAUGGGAUUACCAUGCUGGAGGCGUCCACGAACUCCAUGGACGAUUUGUCCGAAUGCAACGGCGACGAAAACCAUAAAGUGUGGGUUGGCAGCACUAAAGAUAUAUCGGAAAAAGAAGACUUGUACGGCACCAGCAAUACGAUGCGCAGCUCUCGUUCCAGCAGACCCAGGCAACUGGUCGGGGGUGCCCCGCCACCACCACCACCACCGCCACCGGUGAGAGACGACAGUAAUAAAUCAGCAGCCAAAAAGACAAAGGAGAGACCGCGCCGCAAGAGGACGCCAACCGGUGGAAGUCGCGAAGAUUUGUACGCGCCGUCGAUGAACGGUUCGCUUAUGAGAUCUGUGCACGGCGGCCGAAGUUCAGUAUCGCUCAACGGCACCAUGGCGAGCCGAGGACCACCCAGAGGGUUCAUGCAAUAUCAACAGCCUCCACCACCACCGCCACCUAACCACAUAUAUUCAAAUGGUGGAGGUGGCACCAUGCUCAGGCCCGUUAACGGCUUUCAUCCGCAUUCAUCGCACCACCCACAUCACCAUCAUCCAGGAAUGAUGCAGCAGCAGCCACCACCUCCGCCGCCCAUAAUGAUGGUGCCCACCACGCUGCCUCACCCCAAAAAAAUGCACAAGAUGAAGCCGGGUAUGAUUCCGGUACCCAGACCGGGAAUGAUCCCGGCCAACUAUAUGCCGGUACCUAUGUAUAUGCACACCGGCAAAAAGUCCAAGCACGGCGUGCCUAUGCCAGUACCGAUGGCAAUGGAAGAACCGAUAUACAUGCCGUCUGCCCGGCCGUUGAGUCCGGUCGCGUCUUAUCAACCCGAGCACUUCCCUCAUGAGGCGUACCUGAUGCAGCAGUACGCAAACAGUGUCAAUCACAUGAACAACAAUAAUAACAACGGGCCGGCGCCUAAGACCAAAAAAGGUAAAAAGGACAAGAAAUCCAAGGAUUCGGUUAACGGGAUGAUGCCACCACUGAUGGUGCCACAGUUAAUGGUCAACGGUGGCGCUGGUGGAGGUGGAAUGAUGAUGAUGCAACCGCACCAGCAGCAGCCACUUCAGCAUCCGCCACCGCCGCCACCCGCUGGACCGCCUCAGAUGAACGGACACAGGGUUAAUGGCAAUGGUAUCAUGUCGACUGGUCACGAAGACAUGACGGACGACACGGAGGACUCGGUGUAUAGCACCGGCAUUUACCGGCGAAAGGGUCAUCUCAACGAGCGGGCGUUUUCGUACUCAAUUCGACAGGAGCACCGAUCCCGGUCUUAUGGAUCGCUGGCUAACCUCAAGUUCGCCGCGCCGCCAAUCGUGCCAAACGGUGUGGAUGGGGUACCGAACAAAGUGGAUAUCAAGAAGGAACGGGAGAUCAUGCAAAUGAUGCAGGAUUUGGAGUUGUCCGGUGACGAGCUGGACCGUGCUGAUCAUGUGGUGCACCACCAGAAGCAGAGCAACAAUGUGGCGCACCAUCAGAGGCCCGUCAAGACGAAACGAUAACGACCGCCACCAUAUUAUUAAUGUGUCACAGCUGCGGACCGGAACUACGAUCACUUGCAGGCACACAAUCGGAUUCACUGUCCCGACCGUCGUAGUCGUCAUCGUUACUAAUCAUUUUUACGUUAAUUAUUAUUAUCAUACGGACGGUUUUCGGUACAACGCGAACGGACGUGAAGACUAUAGAACGUGAAGAGGAGGGCUAUGUAAUAUCGCUUAAAUUGCAUCUGCAGUGGCGUAUAAAAUAUUAUGAUCAUUUGAUGAUUUAUACGAAAAGCAUCGUUUUUCGACGAGAGAAUUUGCCGAGCGGACAUACAACGCAUAAGACGUUACACACAACCGUUACUGCUGCAGCCACGAACAGUUUUUUUUUUCUUUUAACGGAUUUAAUAUGUCAUUAAUUAUUUUUAAUUAAUUUUAGUGUAAGAUAUUACCUGUAUUAUUUUAUUCAUAGAAACGAUAAUGAAAAUGAUGUCUUUAACAUACUAUACGUAGCAUAAUAUGUACAUAAUUUAUGUAUCAAUAGCGACCACGUACUUAACGUACAGGUACUAUUUUAUUUUACGUAUAUUUUCGUCAUUACUAAACACUCGUUGGCUUGUUGCCCACGAGUAUCACAAGAAACUAUAAACGCGUGUAUGUGUUAUUGGCUAUUGCAUUGAAUUUUUUUUCACGGUUUCAAUAGAGAAAACGUUUUUUUGUACUAACUAUGAACUCGACCUGUAACACACCAUAAUUUCAGUUUUACGUUAAAUGUAUACUUAAUUAUUAUUAUUAUUUUUAUUUUAUAGAAAAAAAAAACGUCUGACCGACACUGUAUUGUUAUGAAAUUCGUGUUGGAUAGGGGAAAAUGCGAAAAUUUAUAACAUGUACGUUUAGUCUGCCUGACACUUGUUUUAUUUUAUUGGUACAGCUAAUGUCCAUGAAUAGUUUUUCUUGCGCAGGUAUAAAACGUUUUCUUUUGUAAAUAUUAUUAUUAUUAUACGUACUAAAACAUAAAUUUGUUAUUUAAAUACGGUUUUGCUCAAUAAUAUU